AAACAAUAUUGCCAUCUUUUCGUACCUAUCUUCUUUUCUUUCCAGAUUCCAAAUACCUCUUUAUUCCUUACCCCCUCUGAGUCUCAGACCUCUCUCUCUCUCUCUCUAAAUAUUCUCUCACUAAAUACGUUCAUAUAGAUUAGACAUCAGACAUUAUAUACAACCGAUUCAUUCCUCCAUGAGCCUCAUAUAAUUAUCAUCGGAAUGAAAUUUGGGAAGGAAUUCCGGACUCACCUGGAAGAAACCCUACCCCAAUGGAGGGACAAGUUCCUGUGUUACAAGCUCUUAAAGAAGCUCCUCAAGCACAUCCCUGUCACCGUUGAUGAUUCACUCCUUCAUCACCGUCCUGCUGAUGACGCCGAUGCAUCCGCAGCCGUUGAUGGAGUUGACCAUCCCGACGGAACCCUGCCUUGUUUGGUUGACCUUCAAGACUGGUUCAUCAAGAUUCUCAGCGACGAACUCGAGAAAUUUAACGAUUUCUACGUCGACAAAGAAGAAGAGUUUGUCAUCCGCCUUCAGGUCCUUAAUUUCACUCCUGGGCUCUUGCAUGAGUUGAAGGAAAGAAUUGAACAAGUGAAAGAGGACUACAUGAAAGAUGGGAUGUUCACAUCAGAGAGUGAAUUUAGUGAAGAGAUGAUGGACAUCCGCAAGGACUUUGUCACAAUUCAUGGAGAGAUGGUGCUUCUCAAAAAUUAUAGCUCUCUAAAUUUUGCAGGUCUAGUUAAAAUCUUGAAGAAGUAUGAUAAAAGAACUGGGGGGUUGUUGUGUCUACCCUUCACACAGAUUGCCCUCCAUGAACCUUUCUUCACCACAGAACCUCUAACGAGGUUAGUCCGCGAGUGCGAGGCAAAUCUUGAGCUCCUCUUCCCAUUGGUAGCAGAAGUUGUUGAAUGUACUACCACUGCACGACAUCAGUCAGUCCCGACACCUACUGAUACGGCAAAGAUUUCCCCAGAAACAUCUUCAUCACUUGGGGAGGAAACGGUGGAAAUAUACCGGAGCACCAUUGCUGCAAUAAAAACUAUACAGGGCCUUAAAAAGGCGAGCUCGACCUACAAUCCAUUGUCAUUUGGAUCUCUCUUUGGAAGUCAAGAUAAUGAAAGUACUGGUGCAGUAACAGCCCAAAACUCGCCGGUUGACUCGUUAGCCACCUUGCAGAAUGGGGAGGCGGCGAAUCAGAAUCAAGAUGAUGAUGCCCGUUCCACCUAAAAAAGGAAAUUGCCUUCCCAGUAUUAUGUACUGUUUUCCUCGUUUUGGAAUGUUCUCUUACCGCGGUUGAGCCGCUCAUCCGUGGCUGCCUGUAUAAUUUCUUUGUCUAAUAAGCUAGCUGCGCCGCUAAUAUAAAAGCUACACCCUGUGGAUAAUUUUUUUACUAUCGAGAUAAAUUAUGGUUCUUAUAAAUGUGGUUAAUCUUA